CCAGCCCGGCUCGGCCCAGCAGCAUGGACGAGGACGGGCUGCCCAUCGUGGGCUCCGGCAUUGACCUCACCAAGGUUCCUGCUAUUCAGCAGAAAAGAACUGUAGCAUUUCUAAACCAGUUUGUGGUUCACACAGUGCAGUUUCUCAACCGCUUUUCUACUGUUUGUGAAGAGAAAUUGUCAGCACUGUCUCUCCGUAUCCAACAAAUUGAAACCACACUCAAUAUUCUGGAUGCAAAGUUAUCCUCAAUUCCUGGCCUAGAAGAUGUCAAAUUUGAAGUGUCCAGUGCAAAUGUGAACAGUGUUACAAAUGGUCCUGUGGCACAGGCUGCUACAGAUCCACAGACAGCUGGAUCACCUCAGCCUGGACAGAACAAUACACAAGAAGAAGGUUUGCAGAAAACAGAGGUGGUAACAGAAAAUGUCACAACUGUGGCCAAGGAUCCAAGAUAUGCCAGAUACCUCAAAAUGGUACAAGUGGGUGUUCCUGUAAUGGCAAUAAGAAACAAAAUGAUUUCCGAGGGGCUCAAUCCAGAUCUUCUCGAGACCCCAGAUGCCCCUGUGCCUGCCUGGGGAGAUGAUGGCAAAGCAGAAGAGAGUUCUGAUAGUGAAUCUUCUUUCAGUGACUGAAGAGACUGAUUCCAGCCUUUGGAAACCUUUGUUAAGUGCUCAUGUGUUUGGAGCUUUGGCAGACAAUGGUUUUGUGUGGAUCACACAGAUGAUAUGGUUUGUCUGAUGGUGUUUUUAAGAACUAAGAUCCUCCAUGUUCUGUUCUGGAAAGUUUGAACAGGCAGCAUGUUUCAACCUGCACCCUUCCCCCAUGAAAAUGAAUCAUGAGAUCCUUGCAGUUUUUAUGCUGCAUCAUAUCAGAUUCAUUUCUGGUCCUGCUGAAAUUACUCCAUAGGGCUCUAAGAAUUCCACACCUCUAAACCUCCAUUUCUCUAAAACUGCAUUCUGGUCAUUGUUAGAUUUUCUGUGUAACACAUUUAACCUACGUUGCCUUCUUUCUGCCUCAUAACUUAAAGGUAAAUUACCUUUGGAAAAUGAAAGUGUUUCACUGAUAAACUGUACCUUUUUUGCAAUAUCCUGUGUUUGCAGUGAUGCAGCAAGAAUUACAUAUAAGUUAGCUCUCUUAUGGUGAUUGCAAAUCAGUGAUACUCAGAUUGAGAAGAACUAAAAUACAUGUAAAAAUAUAUUAAAACCCAUUUUUAAUCUAAUUUCAAAGCAGAUACUGCUAUUCAGUGCCACAUUAGAGUCUGUAUGAAGCUGUUAAAGGAACUCCUGCUCUUGAAGGGUUGAUUUAUCCAGUUCAGGUUGUGGUGUUGUAGAAAGGUACAAACGUGACAAGGUUGGUUUGAAAAUGACACUGGGGAAAAAAAAGCAAGGGACUGGGAGAUCAUUAAUGGAAUGUGAGAUUGUGAGAUUCUGCUAUGUGGGUCAGUUGAAACCAUUUUCUGACUUCAUUGGCCUUACUCAAAAGAAGCUGUGGCUGAACAGUUUGCUUAGGAUGAGAAAUCACCUCCAGUUUGGUGCCUUUGCUGAUAAUUUCAGCAAAGAAGCUAAAAUUCAGGUUGUAUAAGGAUAAAACUACCUUGGCACCUCUUGAGGCACUCAUUGAGGAGCAAUAUAAAGAAAUGCCUGAUGUGCCCUGAAGAUUCUCCUCAGAAUUACUUGAUGUACUCUGUGACUCAAAAAU